AAGGUCGCGCCGCGCCUCUUCAGUCGUCUGUGAUUCCUCUGAAGAAAGGUUCGUUUUUAACCAUUUGUCAACACCCAAAGAGCUUCUGGAGAUUGGACGUGAGAUACUGUUAUCGUAGAGAUGGCGUUUAUUAAAGAGGAGAGUGAAGACAUGAAGAUUAUAGCAGUUACAGUCAAAGAUGAAGAUACAGAGGAAGAAACAGACCCAAUGGAGAUGAAAGAGGAGAAUGAAGCACUAAAUCAAAUGGAAGAGAAACAUGAAUAUGGGAAACACAGUGAUUUUAUAACUGGAGAAAACUCUUUUAGCGGCUCGCAACUGACUUACAACACAAACCGAGAACUAACGACGACAAAUACAAGUGUCAAGAAGCCUUUCACCUGCGAACAGUGUGGAAGAGGUUUCCUUAAGAACGCCACCCUUAAAGGACACAUGCGAACUCACACCGGAGAGAAGCCAUUCUCCUGCCAACAGUGCGGAAGAAGUUUCACUCAGAAAGGGACGCUAACCAGACACAAGAGAGUUCACACCGGAGAAAAGCCGUACACGUGCACACUGUGCGGAAAAGGCUUCACAGCCGGAGCAAACCUUACAUACCACAUGAACAUUCACGCCGGACUGAAACCCUUCACAUGUGAACAGUGUGGAAAGAGUUUCAGACGGAAGAAAACCCUUAGCUGCCACAUGAAGGUCCACUCAAGAGAGGAUUGUUUCAUAUGUCAUCAGUGCGGCAGGAGUUUCCCAAACAUAAAAUGCCUCGACGCCCAUGUAAAAAUCCACUCCGGACAGAAGCUCUUCGAAUGCCCGCAGUGUGAAAAGAGUUUCAGAUUCAAAGUAGGUCUGAAGUCUCACAUGAGAAUCCACACCGGAGAGAAACCGUACACGUGCAGUCACUGCGGGAAGGACUUCAGAUUCAGAGUGAGCCUUAAAACUCACAUGAGACUUCACUCCGGAGAGAAGCCCUACGCGUGCAGUCAGUGCGGAAAGAGCUUCAAAUAUAAAGCGACUUUGAACGCGCAUAUGAGAGGUCACACUGGAGAAGAAAGCCCCCACGUCUGCAAGCUCUGUGGAAAUAGCUUCUCGCAGAAAGGAAAUCUUAAGAUUCACAUGAGAGUUCACACUGGAGAGAAACCUUUCACCUGUGAUCAGUGUGGAAAAUCUUUCACACGUAAGGAGUCUCUCAACUACCACAUAAAGAUUCACUCGAGAGAUCGUGGUUUCAAGUGUCGUCAGUGUGGAAAGUGUUUCCUGUACAGGAAGAAUCUCACCAGGCACUUAAUCAUCCACUCUGGAGAGAAGCCGUUCAUCUGCCCUCAGUGCGGCAAAGGUUUCAGAUUCAAAGGAAACCUCGAGGUUCACAUGAGCAUUCACACUGGAAAAAAAACAUUUCAGUGUCUAAAGUGCAAGAAGAGUUUCACACGUCAGAAAGAUCUGAAGUGUCAUUUGAAAAGCCAUUCUGCAAAGAAAUUGCGAUCUUCUGAGUUUGGGAAUAGGCUUCAAAAAAGGAGCGGUUUCAAUAGUAACCUGCUCGAUCACUCGGAAGGAAGGUCUUUUAAUUGCGGCAAGUGUAAUGAAACAUUUAUUUUGGCAUCACACUUACAGACCCACAUGAAAAGUCACGCAGAUGUCAGAUCUCAUUUGUGUUCCUUAUGUGGAAAGAGAUUUCAAUGGCUUAGACAUUUCAAAUGUCACCAGAUAAUGCGCGUUUGUCUGAAAUCAAGGUUACGUUCACACUGUAGAUGAAUGUAACCAAAAUAUGAUUUUCUAAUAAAAAGAAGUUUUUUUUUGGUCAAGUCACAUGACAUUAAAUGUGGGAACUGUUAGAGGCUCAUCCCUUAAAGCAGGGGUCAUCAAUCUCUGUCCUGGAGGGCCAGUGUCCCUGCAAGAUUUAGCUCCAACUUGCCUUAACACACCUGCCAAGAUGUUUCAAGUAUACCUAGUAAGACUUUGAUUAGCUUUGUUCAGGUGUGUUUGAUUCGGGUUGGAGCUAAAAUCUGCAGUACACCAGCCCUCCAGGAACAAGUUUAUUGACCCCUGCCUUAAAGCAUAGCUCUCAAACUGGUGUCCUGGAGAGUUUAGCUCGAUCCCUAAUCAAACACACCUGAACCAGCUAAUCAAGCUCUUACUAGGUACACUAGAAACUUCCAGGACACCGGCCCUCCUGGACUGGGUGUGGACACCCUUGCCUUAAAGCAUAGGUCUCAAAGUGGAUUCCUGGAGGGCCUCAGCUCUGCACAGUUUUGCUCCGACUCUAAUCAAACACAGCUGAUCCAACUAAUAAAGGUGUUCAAGACUACUAGAUCAGCUGUGUUUGAUUAGGGUUGGAGCAAAACUGUACAGAGCUGCGGCCCUCCAGGAAUCCAGUUUGAGACCUAUGCUUUAAGGCAAGGGUGUCCUAAGGGUUAGGGAGGGCCGGUGUCUUGGAAAGUUUAGCUCCAACCCUAAUCAAACACACCUGAACCAGCUAAUCAAGCUCUCUUACAAGGUAUAAACUUCCAGGACACCGGCCCUCCAGGACUGAGUGUGGACACCCUUGCCUUAAAGCAUAGGUCUCAAACUGUAUUCCUGGAGGGCCGCAGCUCUGCACAGUUUUGCUCCAACCCUAAUCAAACACAGCUGAUCCAACUAAUCAAGGUGUUCAAGACUACUAGAUGAGCUGUGGUUGAUUAGGGUUGGAGCAAAUCUGCAGAGCUGUGGCCCUCCAGAAAUCCAGUUUGAGACCUAUGCAACUAAUCAAGGUGUUCAAGACUACUAGACACUACUAGAUCAGAUUUGUUUGAUUAGAGUUGGAGCAAAUCUGCAGACCUCACCUCCAGGAAUUGAGAUUGAGACCCAUGACUUAAAGGAUUAGUUCACUCAAACAUGAAUAUUCAGCAAUUAAUUACCCUCAUGAGAUCUUAGUCCAUCUUCCGAACACAAACUAAUAUAUUUUAUACUCAUUCAGAGAGCUCCCUCAUCCUCCACAUACAGCAGCAGUCCAAACUCGUUUAAAUUUCAGAAAAGGAAUCAAAAACAUCAGCAAAACAGUCCAUGUGGCUUCAGGGGUUCAAUCGUACUCAUACAAAGCUCCAUGAACACAUUAACUAAAUGACUUUGUUUGCCUAGAUCAGGGGUCACCAAUCUCGGUCCAGGAGGGCCGGUGUCCCUGCAGGGUUUAGCUCCAACUUGCCUCUACACACCUGCCUGGGUGAUUCAAGUACACCUAGUAAGACCUUGAUUGGCUUGUUCAGGUGUGUUUGAUUAGGGUUGGAGCUAAAAUCUGCAGGACACCGGCCCUCCAGGAACAAGUUUGGUGACCCCUGGCCUAGAUCAUCUCUUCCACAUCUCUUACAGAUGAUAUAAAUGAGCAAAGUUGCAGACAGUUUUCUAGCACACAAACUUGUUCUUGAAGCUUCAUAUGUUUAAUGUUGAACCACUGAAGUCACAUGGACUAUUUUGCCGAUGUUUUUGGAUCUUUAUUUGUGUUCCGAAGAUGAACGAAGGUCUCAUGAGGGUAAUUAAUUACAGAAUUUUCAUUUUUGGGUGAACUAACCCUUUAAUGCAAACAUAUUAAUCGUAUAUUGAUGUACAAUGUCUAAGUGUAUAUAAGCGUAGUUGGAGAGUGUGAAACUUUUGUGCUCCGCAUUUCUGUUCUUAAGUGUGAAGUAAUUAGUAAAACUUACUUACUAAAACUUAAUAUAUGCUUACUGAGAAAUGUGCUGAAGAAUCAAAUCGGCUAAUCAAAUAUAAAAAAAACCACGAAACAUUAACAAAGCCUUACUCUAAAGUCAUUGUGUGUACUUUUUGGUGUUGUGAAUUAAGGCUCACAUUCCUCUGCCUUUAUUUAGACGUCCUAUCAAUUAAACAUCUCAACCAAA